GUUCUGGGGUUUAUCAGUGUUUCCAGCUUCUUCUUCUUCUUCACAGCUUUCUCGAUAUUUUUGAGAGUUUUUAACCAAAUUAGACAUUUUUAAUCAAUUUUUUUUUGUGUUGAGCAAGACGAAAAGAGUCUAAUCCAAUCAUGGGAUGUGUACCCAGAAUUGAAUUUGGUUGUUCAAGCCAAAGCCUUACUCUUUCAUGGAACUUAAGAGCAUGGAAUUUGUGUAGAUUGAACACAAUCUCCCAUUUCCAGAAACUUCCUUAUCCUUUGGUAGCUUCUACUCGAAAACAUUACAAGAACAGUUUGCUUUUGAAGAGAUUUUUAGUUGGUGUUGGCACUGAGGAAUCAUCACUGUCAGAAGAUUUACUAGAUGAAUCUCUUUCUCGACCUCUCACUAGUGAUGAGUUGAAGUCACUGCUCAUUGAUACAGAGAGAUCAAAGCUUGUUAAAAAAUUGAGUGAAGCUAAUCAACAGAAUCGGUUCCUCAAGCGUCAGGAACAUGAGAUAACUAACAUCAAAACUGAGCUUGCACUUAUGGAGCUCGAAGUUCAGGCUCUGGUGAAACUGGCGGAAGAAAUAGCAAACCUUGGUAUCCCACAAGGUUCUAGAAAAAUCAGUGGAAAGUACAUUCAAUCGCACCUUCUCUCUCGUUUAGACGGUUCUUCUCAUCCCCUCUUGGUUUCAUCAUUAUUUAGGCGCUCAUCAAAUCCCUGGAAUGAUAUACUAAUUUUUUAUUUUUUUCUCCCACUAAAGCUGUUCAAAAAAAGAUGAAAGAACAAAUAAAAGGUGUCGAGGCUGCACAGUCAAAGGAGGUUCAUGUGUUCUGGAUUGGCAUGGCAGAGAGUGUACAAGUAAUGGGAUCGUUCGAUGGAUGGAGCCAACGUGAGGAUCUAUCGCCUGAGUACUCAGCUUUAUUCACCAAAUUCUCCACAACGUUAUUCCUUCGUCCCGGGCGGUACGAGAUGAAGUUCUUAGUGGAUGGAGAAUGGCAGAUCUCACCCGAGUUUCCUACUUCAGGAGAAGGAUUGAUGGAGAACAAUGUUUUAGUGGUGGAAUAGCCACUCAUCUUUCUGCAUUACACCCGUAAACAUUUAAGAUUGGUGUGGAUGAGAUUGUAGACAAUAGAAUCUGAGUAUUAGAUACAAGGAAUAGUAUAAUAGGUGGCAGGAGUCAUUUGGAUUUCUUAUCUUUUGUUCACACAAAAUCCAAUCAAUUUUUCCCAUCUCUCAAAAGUUCUCUUGGUUUUGAUUUCGUUUCAUUGUUGUUUUGGCAUUAGCUUUGAAUCCAUAGAGAGAAGAUAGGUAGGUUCCAUGUACAUCAGAAAUUUCUUGGUUUGUAAGAAAGAGAUAUUGGAAACAGAAGAAUGAAGAAGAGUUUAGAAAUAAUGUACUAAACCAGAACUAGUGGUUUCAGGUUAUCCCGGAAAACGAGUGUGUG